UAACUUAAGAUGAAGUGUAUAUAUAUAUAUAUAUAACACCAUGUUUAUAAUGAAUAUUAACGAAGUUUACAUUGAUGUGUGUAACUGUGGAUUAGUAUUAAACAAUCAUCCCACAGAUAAAUGGUACAAAUACGUCAUCCGCGCCUUAAAUCGACGCAAAAUAAUGAUUUCACGAUCGCAGCCCGAUAACCUUAUCAGUCACCCGCGAUCUUUCAGUUGCUGUAUGACCUUCGUUCUUACGUAUUUAAAAUUUCAACAUAUCAUUGUUGCGUUUCUCUUUAUUAGUGUGGAAAUAUCAUGAAUAAAUGAUCGUUGGUAUGGAACAAAUCUGUUUAUGAUUAAUUGGUAGAUUUAAGUUGGUAAAUUGAUCAAAAAGGAAACUUUACAAUUAUUCCGAACCAUUUUGUAUGAAAAAUUAUAGAUAUAAAGAUAAUAAAAGGAUAGACAGAGAUAAGAUGACCUUAGGGUGAGAUGUCUCGUGCAGAACAAAAUACAUCACGUUUUCCAAUAUAAAGUCACGUUUCAACACUGAUAGCCUGAAAACUUUUUACUGUUUGAGUGUACCCUGAUAUGCAGGGUCACCACCUCGAUGACCUCGACACUGGUGGAACGAUAAGAAAGGAUUAUCCAAUACUGAAGUCGUUCCUUGCGGGAUCGUUUUCUGGAACUUUCUCCACGAUCCUCUUCCAGCCAUUGGAUUUAGUGAAGACUAGACUCCAGAGCAGAGUCAAUGCUCAUUAUGCGACGCCAAAAAGUGGAAUGCUGGGUACAGUGGCGCACAUCGUGCGGAAGGACAAUAUCUUCGGACUCUGGAAAGGGAUAACGCCGUCUAUUACCAGAGUGAUUCCCGGUGUGGGUCUAUAUUUCUCAUCAUUGCACUGGCUGAAACAUACUUUCGACCUAGAAGAAAUGACGGCCAUACAAGCUGUCUCCUUGGGCAUCACUGCGCGAUCCAUGUCUGGUGCAUUACUGAUUCCCAUCACCGUCGUGAAAACACGAUUUGAGAGCGAUGUUUAUAGAUACAACAGUAUUAGCGAAGCUUUGAAAUUGAUCUACAGGCAGGAAGGGAUAAGAGGCUUGUCGAGUGGUUUAGUGCCUACACUUCUACGAGAUGCUCCUUACAGUGGCCUAUACCUCAUGUUUUAUAAUCAACUAAAAAAAAUGACUGCUGACACAGAAAAGAAGUCUAAUAAGUUGAUACCAGUUCACUUCUGCUGCGGAAUUGUAGCUGGCCUUAUGGCUUCCAUGGUGACACAACCAGCAGACGUUAUCAAAACCAAGAUGCAACUAUAUCCAAAUGAAUUUAAUAGCAUUUAUCAUGCAACGUUGUUCGUCUAUAAGAAAUAUGGUAUCCUAGGAUACUUCAAGGGUGUCGUACCCAGAAUGCUAAGACGAACUCUAAUGACUGCUAUGGCUUGGACAGUGUAUGAACAGGUAACGUGUUGGAUCGGACUGAAGUAAAGCACUGAAGUAGCACUGAUACAGAUCUAUUUUUAUACCAGAACAGGAUUGCCAUGUACAGUAUUAAAGAAGAUUGUUUAAUUUACGAAAUAUUUAUUACAUUAUACAAUAAAAAAAGUUUGUGUAUUCUAAAUAUACGAACAACUUUUUA